CUCCCCAGAGAGGGUGUGGCCCGAUGUUCGGAUGGUCAGUCUCGCGGCCAGCGGGUCCUGCCGCGGGAGAGCUGAUCCUGCGGCGGCCAGGCCGGGUGGGCUGAGCGUGCAGAACCCCGAGGGACCCUGCUCGCUCGGGGAGCUCCGAGCCUGCCCGCGCCCCGCCCGGCCGCACUUCCGCCGCAGCCCCUGCCGCCCGGGACGCGCCGCGCGCUGCCUCCGCGGAGCCGAGUUUCCAGCCAGGAAGGAGCAGCCUCCUCCCCUAGGAUGACCUCGCCCUCCAGCCCUCCCACUUUCAGACUCGAGACUUCAGAUGGAGGCCAAGAAGAUGGGGCUCAGGUGGACAAAGGACAGCUGGGCGGUGGGGCGGGGCCACCCCCCAUGGAGUCACCGUUCCAGGGAGAGGACCGGAACUACUCCCCUCAGAUCAAAGUGAACCUCAACUUCAGAAAGGGGGCAAGUGCCAGCCAGCCUGACCCCAGCCGCUUUGACCGUGACCGGCUCUUCAGCGUGGUGGCUCGGGGGUUCCCCGAGGAGCUGGCUGGGCUACCAGAGUACCUGCGCCAGACCAGCAAGUACCUCACGGACUCAGAGUACACAGAGGGCUCCACGGGGAAGACUUGCCUGAUGAAGGCCGUGCUGAACCUCCGGGGCGGCGCCAACGCCUGCAUCCAGCCGCUGCUGCAGAUCGACCGGGACUCCGGCAACCCGCGGCCUCUGGUCAACGCCCAGUGCACGGACGAGUACUACCGAGGCCACAGCGCCCUGCACAUCGCCAUCGAGAAGAGGAGCCUGCCGUGCGUGAGGCUGCUGGUGGAGAACGGGGCGGACGUGCACGCCCGGGCAUGCGGCCGGUUCUUCCAGAAGAAGAGCCCCGAGACCUGCUUCUACUUCGGCGAGCUGCCCCUCUCUCUGGCCGCGUGCACCAAGCAAUGGGACGUGGUGACCUACCUCCUGGAGAACCCGCACCAGCCCGCCAGCCUGCAGGCCGCCGACUCGCUGGGCAACACGGUCCUGCACGCCUUGGUGAUGAUCGCGGACAACUCGGCCGAGAACAGCGCACUGGUGACGCGCAUGUACGACCAGCUCCUCCAGGCUGGGGCCCGCCUCUGCCCGACGGUGCGGCUGGAGGACAUCCCCAACCUGCAGGGCCUCACGCCCCUGAAGCUGGCCGCCAAGGAGGGCAAAAUCGAGAUUUUCAGACACAUCCUGCAGCGGGAGUUCUUGGGGCCAAGCCAGUUCCUUUCCCGCAAGUUCACGGAGUGGUGCUAUGGGCCUGUCCGGGUGUCGCUGUAUGACCUGGCCUCUGUGGACAGCUCGGAGGAGAACUCAGUGCUGGAGAUCAUCGCCUUUCACUGCAGGAGCCCGCACCGGCACCGAAUGGUGGUUUUGGAGCCGCUGAACAAACUGCUGCAGGCCAAGUGGAAUCUGCUCGUCCCCAGGUUCCUCUUCAACUUCCUGUGCUACCUGACCUACGUGUCCGUCUUCACUGCCGUCACCUACCACCAGCCCGCCCUGGGGAAGGACUCCCUCCCCCUGGUGGUGACUGCUGGGAACUCCAUGCUGCUGCUGGGCCACAUCCUGGUCCUGCUCGGGGGCGCCUACAUCCUCAUGGGCCAGCUCUGGUACUUCUGGAGGCGCCGUCUGUUCAUCUGGACCUCGUUCAUGGACAGCUACUUUGAAAUCCUCUUCCUGGUCCAGGCGCUGCUGGCCGUGCUGUCCCAGGGGCUGUGCUUCCUGGCCGUCGAGUGGUACCUGCCCCUGCUCGUGUCCUCUCUGGUGCUGGGCUGGCUGAACCUGCUGUACUACACGCGCGGCAUGCAGCACACGGGCAUCUACAGCGUCAUGAUCCAGAAGGUCAUCCUGCGGGACCUGCUUCGCUUCCUUCUGGUCUACCUAGUCUUCCUUUUUGGCUUCGCUGUAGCGCUGGUGAGCCUGAGCCAGGAGGCCCAGACCCCUGGGGUUCCUGUAGGCUCCAACGCCACGGAGGCGGCGGGAAAGGAAGAUAAGGGGCAGCACGGCCCGUACAAGGGCGUCCUGGACGCCUCCCUGGAGCUGUUCAAGUUCACCAUCGGCAUGGGCGAGCUGGCCUUCCAGGAGCAGCUGCGCUUCCGCGGGGUGGUGCUGCUGCUGCUGCUGGCCUACGUGCUGCUCACCUACGUCCUGCUGCUCAACAUGCUCAUUGCUCUCAUGAGCGAGACCGUCAACAGCGUGGCCACUGACAGCUGGAGCAUCUGGAAGCUGCAGAAAGCCAUCUCUGUCCUGGAGAUGGAGAAUGGGUACUGGUGGUGCAGGAGGCGGAAGCAGCAGGCAGGUGUGAGGCUGACAGUCGGCACCAGGCCGGACGGUAGCCCUGAUGAGCGCUGGUGCUUCAGAGUGGAGGAAGUGAACUGGGCUGCCUGGGAGCAGACGCUGCCUACAGUGUGUGAAGAGCCCUCGGGGGCAGGCGGUCCUGGCACCACGAAGAACCUGGCCCUGAACUCCCAGCACAGUGAGGACAGUGCCGUGGAGGACGACCACAUGCCCCUGCAGCCCCUGGAGUCCCGCUGAUGCAGCAGGAGACCAGCAGGACAGAGCCAGGAACCUUUCCAGACCCACCUGCUGGCUCUGGGGCCCCAGGGAACUUUGGUGGCAAAAAUAAACACAUAUUUUCUCAUGACUAGCUCUCCUGGAAA